AUGCAAAUUCUGUCGCUGCAAAACUUCCCGCCAUUCCCGUCGUUGGAGCUGACGGACGCGAGUGACGAACAGACGCUUUCGGUGCUUGUCAGCCACCUGGAAAUGUGUAUUCGCCAGAGGCAGAACAUGCGGGACGAGUUGGCCCGGGCUCAGGGUAUCUUGCGAGCAGGCCUGCAGGAGCUGGACAAUAAUGUGAUGGGGCGUGAGAACUGGAUCGAGACGCAGCAGGACAAGUUGGCAGAGAAGGACCGGCAGCUAGCAGCGCAGCGUGCAGAAUUAGAGCGCAUGGAGAAGAAGGCCAAGACGCUCGAGUACAAGAUCGACGUACUGCAGAAAACCAACAACAUUCACGAGGAUGACAAACGGCUUCUGCAGCAACAAGUGGAGGAGAAGCGCAAUGAGCUACAAAGGCAGCUCGGUGACAAGCAGCGAAUGGAGAUGCGAAUGCACGGUGUUGUCAGUGAGACGAAGAGCAAGUGGGAGCGUGAAUGUGAUCGACGCGUGGCAGCCAAGCAGAUGGAGAUGCAGAACAAGCUGUGGGUGAAGGACGAAAAGCUGAAGCAGCUAAAGGCCAUCGUGACAGAGACAAAAGGGCCGGAGCGGACACCACGCGAGCGAGAGAGAGUGCCACCCCCGCGUAAAAAGCGUUCCGCCUCCCCUUCACCUGCACCGACGGCACCCCCAGUGCCACUGAGGCACAGGAGGUCACAUUCGGCUGGGCCGGAACGCUGGAUCGACCACAAGCCAGCGACGAGUGUGGAUACGGGGACGGUGAUGCAGCCAUCGGUUACCAAUUCCGUCACGGUGCUCAUGCCGACAGAGCGUGCCCUUUCCAAGGCGGACAAGUACAUGCUCACACAUCAGGAACUCGCCUCGGAUGGAGAAAUUGAAACUCGUCUCAUCAAGGGCCAAGUUUACAAGACACGAGGCGGUGGUCAGUCCGUACAGUUCACAGACAUUGAGACCCUAACGCAGGAGUCGCCCUCAUCCAGGAAGCGCAAGUCAGAUCAGCGUGCGCCUGUGCAGCGAUCAGAUACACCUGACUCUGAGUGGACCGACGUGGAGACAAGAUGUGCAAUUGCAGUCGAGAUGAAAGCUGGCUCCACUGCUGGACCAGGCAUCCAACACCAUGCUCAGCCCAA